ACCCCUGGCUGGCUGGAAACCUGUAGGGAGGGAAGAACCCAGCCGAGCUGCAACAGCAGCAGCCCUGAAGCUAACUGGGCUUGAUGCCUAUUUGGGACCAUGGGAGCUGCCAAACCACCUGCCCCUGGGCUCCGAAGCCUCCUCAGUUUACUGGUGAUAUUAGUGGACGGGUGGCACGACCUGGAUAACAGCGACUAUGAUUGCUGGCCCCUGGAAAAACCAGAUGAGUAUAACAUGCUGGACUGUGGAGGUCUUGAGAUGGCCUGGGUCCAGAGACCUCCAGAAAAGGCUGUGAGUGGGGAGUUCUUCAAUGUAACGUAUGCAGUCUUUGCUUCAGAUCACUUUUACCACUAUGCUGUGCAAAACGGAAUCCUUUCUCACAGCAAUGCUGCGGCAGCCAAGAAGUUCUGUGAAGAACAAGAGUGCCCUUCCAACUGGAAAGAUGCAAAUGGAGAGAACUGCUGUGUCCAUCACGCCAACAUCCACUCCUGCCCUUUGGCCUUCAUGGGGAAAGGUGGAAUAUGUGGCCCGUGGAUUCCGGAUGAUGGCCAGAUAUUUACUCACACUUUAUCUACAGCUGGCAAAAUGAGUCAGACAAACUGGACGGCCAAGGUUGUUUUGGUUCAUGUGGGGGUGACCUCUCUCAUCGCACACAUCAGGGUUGGGAAAAUGCAAGUUGCUCUGGAAGCCAAAACCACGGUGCUACCUGCAGUAGUCUGCGGAGAUGGUGUUUGUGAAGAAGAUGAAAGCUGUUCCACGUGUCCAGCUGACUGUGGGGAAUGCCCACUGACAGCUGAUGCCAGGAUAGCAAUUGCCUUACCAAUAUGUUUAGUCUGUGCUGGCUUCAUUCUGACAAUAGUGUGGUUUCAAUAUCAGAAGCAAAAGAUGUUUUGGGAUGAAAGCUGGAUUAUAGACUUCUCCCGCAUCAAACAAGAUCGCAUGCUACGGACGGCAAUGGGCAGCAUCAUUAGUGCAGCCCAUGCACCCAGCAACUCCAACGCCAGCUCUAUCACGGCCCUGAGUUCUUGCACAGCAGAUGUCAACGCAUCCAGGAAACAGCACUUCACCCAGACAGGGAUAUAUGAUGGUAGAACAGUCGCCAUCAAGAAAAUAAGGAAGAAGACAUUCACCUUGUCCAAAUCCAUACGCAAGGAAGUAAAGCAAGUGAGAGAACUUGAUCAUCCCAACCUCUGCAAAUUCAUCGGCGGUUGUACAGAGGUGCCAAAUGUUGCCAUCGUGACAGAAUACUGUCCAAAAGGUAGCCUGAGUGACGUGCUGCUCAAUGAAGACAUUCCUCUCAACUGGGGCUUCAGGUUUUCCUUUGCUGGAGACAUUGCCCAAGGAAUGGCUUAUCUUCACCAGCAUAAAAUCUAUCAUGGAUGCUUAAAGUCUAAUAACUGUGUGAUAGACGACCGCUGGGUCUGUAAAAUUUCAGACUAUGGAUUGCAGGCCUACAGAAAAGAGGAUCAUUAUGAGGGUGCCAGUGCCUAUCAGCAGCGUUUGAUGCAGAUUUACUUGGCUCCUGAGGCCCAUUCGUUGUCAGACUUUGUCCCCACUUCCACGGCAGAUGUGUACAGUUAUUCCAUCAUUUUAUUAGAGAUCGCAACAAGAAGUGACCCUGUGCAGGAUGAUUCUCAUUCAGCGGAAUAUUCCUCGUGCCUCCCUCUGACAGAAUUAAUUUCAGGAAAGUCUGAGAAUUCCUGCCCAUGCCCUACAGACUAUGUGGAGCUAAUUAGGAAGUGCAGGAAAACUAACCCAACCCAAAGGCCUACAUUUGAGCAAGUCAAGAAGUUAUUGUACAAGAUGAAUCCUAACAAAGUUAGUCCAGUUGACAUGAUGAUGACUCUGAUGGAGAAAUACAGCAAACACCUGGAAGUAGUAGUUGCAGAACGAACCCAGGACUUAAUGCAUGAAAAGCAGAAGACUGAUCGUUUAUUAUAUAGUAUGUUACCCAAGCAAGUAGCAGAUGAUCUGAGGCAAGGAAAACCUUCACAAGCCCAAAGUUACGUAAUUGCCACUAUCUUUUUCAGUGACAUUGUUGGCUUCACUCAGCUAUCCAGCACCAGCACACCUUACCAAGUGGUGGACUUCUUAAACAAACUCUAUACUACCUUUGACGAAAUCAUAGACAACUAUGAUGUCUACAAGGUGGAGACGAUAGGAGAUGCCUACAUGGUAGUGUCGGGGGUACCCAAAGAGAACGGUAUUCGUCAUGCCAGUGAAAUAGCAAGUAUGGCGCUAGACCUGGUGGCCGUGUGCAAGACAUUUAGGAUUCCGCACAAACCCAACACCCAGCUAAAGAUACGAGCAGGAAUCCACUCAGGGCCAGUUGUAGCUGGAGUCGUUGGAACCAAAAUGCCCCGGUACUGCUUGUUUGGAGACACUGUCAACACAGCUUCCAGGAUGGAGUCCACCAGUGAGGCUCUUAAAAUACAAUGCAGUUCAAAUACGUACCAACUGUUGGAGCAGAUUGGAGAGUACAUAUUAGUGUGUCGUGGGAAUUUGCAAGUCAAGGGGAAAGGAGACAUGGUGACAUACUGGCUAGAAGGAAAGCAGAAUAUUGCCAUCCAGAAGAGAGCACCCAUCACUACCACAACCUCUCAAGACCCUGAUGGAACUACUUUCAGUUUGAUUCCAGGAGUCUUGCCCAGUGAUCCUCUCUCCAGCCCAGCUUAAAGGGCAUGGGUAGAUGUUUAGUUGUUCCAGUUUCUCCUUGUUUUCAGUCUUUUAGAUCUACCUGGCAAACUUCUCCUGUGAUCCAGGAGGGCCUGAGAUAUUUGAAAGCUUCCAUUGCCGUGCCACACCUAGAGGCAAAGCAAGAAAAUAGAUGCUGCUCCCCCACAGCCUCUCCGGAUGUACGGACAGUCAUUAAUCAAAGCUCUCUCCCUUAGUCUGACGGGAACAAAAAUAAAGAAGUAAAACAAAUCACUGGUGACGACAAAUGUGUGGAUAAUUAAGGAAUUAAAUGGAUUCUUCUGUGUCACCAGCUAUCCAGAGACCGGGAUCAGAUCUGUUCAGCUGUCGCUUGGUUUUGGGGGGGAAAGCCCUGCAAACAGCCCCCAUUAUUAGACUUGGCACAAGCAGCAGGCUGGAGAUGCCAGAAUAUUAACUCCUCUCGUGGUGAGAAGGAGAAAGGGGAGGCUGUGCUAUUUAGUGCCAGGGUGGUGAUAAGCCUCAUGGGAUUAAUUUGUUUAAUGUUUUGAAAGGAGGGAUUGAAAUGUGGACUUUGCUAGAAUUGAAGGCCAGGUACAGUAGGAGGGAACAAUCUGGCCUAGUGGAUAAAGCAUUGGACUAAAAGA